CUCAUGCGUCACAGAAAAACAUGGCAGCGCACAUUGUCAGAGCUGUGAGACGUCUUCCUGCACAGAAGAACGGCUGGCUCCCGCCUGCAGUCUGGCAGUUGUAUACCCAAGCAUGCUGUCAUCACCAUCAGUCUCCUGGCUCCUCGCUGCGCUACAUCCCCCGUAGGGCAGUUCUCUACUGCCCUGGCAAUGAUGAACGCAAAUUGAAGAAACUGGCCUUGCUGGAUGUCGACUGCGCCGUUCUGGACUGUGAGGAUGGCGUGGCCCUCACCAAAAAGGCUGAAGCCAGAGAGACCAUCGCUCAGAUUUUGGGAGAGCUGGACUUGGGCCGGACUGAGAAGUGUGUGAGGAUAAAUUCGGUUUCCAGUGGCCUAGCUGAGGCUGACCUGCAAGUGGUUCUUCAAGCAAAGGUUCUUCCUCCAGCCAUCAUGCUGCCCAAAGUGGAGGACAUUCAAGAAGCCAAAUGGUUUGUUGACAGGUUUCAGCACAACUUGAAAGGACGGACGCUGACAGAACCCGUUCGCCUCGUCACCUUCGUGGAAACCGCUGCGGGCCUGCUCAAUUUUAAGGCCGUGUGUGAGGAAAUCCGCCAACUCGCUCCAAGGGCCGGGCUCCACCAUGACGCCGUGGUGUUUGGCUCCGAUGACUUCUGUGCCAGCAUAGGUGCCACGCGGACUAAGGAUGCCAGAGAGCUGCUCUAUGCCAGGCAGAAGGUGGUGGUGACCACCAAAGCUUUUGGGCUGCAGGCCAUCGACCUGGUCUACAUCGACUAUAAAGAUGUGGAGGGACUGAGGCUACAGGCCAAGGAGGGAGCUCUCAUGGGUUUCACUGGUAAGCAGGUCAUUCACCCCGGGCAGAUCCAGGCUGUGCAGGAGGAGUUCUCUCCGAGUCAAGACAGGGUCCAGUGGGCCGAGGAGCUCAUCACUGCUUUUGACCAGCAUCAGAAAGAAGGAAAGGGUGCGUUCACCUUCCGCGGCAGCAUGAUUGACUUGCCCUCGCUGAAGCAGGCUCAGAACAUCCUGACCCUCGCUGCGGCGGUGUCGAAGAAAUAAUCGGAAGGGCCGCAGGUCUGAAGCAGGACAGGAAACUGGGAUUCUCACAGACAAAAUGAGCACUUCAGAAACUUUACAAACCAUCCCCCCGGGGCAAGAUUACAGUGGAAAACAUGGUCUAUAUUUGUGUUAUAACAGGAAUAUGUAGCUAUGUAUGUGUAUAUACUUAUCAGAAUCUUGCUUGAAUUUGCUGUGGCGUGUGAGCAGUGCGGUCCUCUGGAAAUGAACCUUGCGCAGUUCUUCUGAUAGCGCGUUCACCAUCAUGUCACUGUGCAGCCUGCGCGCCCACACCCUCUGUCGCUUCAAAAGUCGUGAUGAAUGCUCUCCCAUCAGCACGUCCUGGCAGGCGGGGGGGAAAGGGAGCAAAGGGUAAACAAACAACACCACUCUGUUGUGGUGGGUCCAUUCCUGGGGCCUCGUAGCUCCACUCGGGACCUCCGCCGCCUGCCUUCACACGAACAUCCUCGCGUUUUUGCGUCGGAAAAAAAAGCUAAAGAAAGAAAUUCUCAAUUUCAUUUGUGUUUUUAUUUUUAACUGCAAGGCCUGAAAGUAAAUUGUGCGCAGCAACACUUUCACUCAUUUUCUACAUCAGGGCGACGUGUGCUUACAGCAGCGUUCGUCGAAAAUAGCUUCAGCGGAACAUGAAAAAUGAACUCCUUAAUGAGCGGAGUGAAGAAGUCACAAAUGAAAGCACAAAAGGGGUCUUUGUGGAGCACUUGUCUGACUCGCAGAGGCUGUGAAGUGGGUGUGAUGUUCGAGGAGAGACAGAUUAGUGGCCAUGUUGCUCCAGCAGACCAGGACCGAGGCUUUGUCUCUCUGACUGCGGAUGGGAGGAUAAUUGAGGGGGUGUCGUAUGGUUAAUAGUGCCAUUGGUGACCAUGGUAAUGAAAGGCGCCAUACCACCUCUACCCCACCUCAUCCCCGCUCUCUCUCUCUCUUUUUUUUCAUGUUUCUUUUCCUUUACUGUAUGAUGUAUUGUGUCUGGGACAGACCCGGUGUCCAUGCCAGUCCUGUCCAUACAUAAAAGAAAAUAAAAAGAGAGAGAGAGACAGAAACGGCUCCUGCGUCCAGCCAAAGACCCCGACAGUAAGCCGUCGCACUGGCAAUUGGCCACAUCGGUGACUCAAAACUGGUUCACUCUUUGCUGCCAUAAGAACAUAUUGAGCUUGUUUUCAAACUCUAAUGAAAAAAAAAGUGUUUUGUUUGAUUGAAACGUAAUAUUUGCAGCCAUUUUUGGACUUUCUGUGAUGUUAUCAAAUGUAUAAACUGUAAAACAAUUAACGUGUAGUUUGUCUUGAUUACUGAGAAUGCAGAUUGUUGCCAUGUUUUUCUCUAACCCUUGCUUAACUUUGAAAUGUUUUCCUCUUGCUUGUGAAACUUUCGCACAUUUGCAUUAAAAAUCGCUCCAGUUAAAAAUGUUCAAUCCAAAUAUGCUUGUCGUUUUAGGCCAAAUACGUUAUAAAAUGAAUAAGUUAAGUUGAUCUCUGGGAUCAAGUAAUAAAAACAGAAUAGGUGGAAUGUAUGAAACACAAACAUGUAAACCAAGUUCAUAAAGAGUCAGAAAAAAUACUGAAUUGAAUUGAAUGUUAGUUUGUUACCAUUUAUAGUUGUAUGUUAAUUUUGUCUAUAUUUCUGUCAUUCUUUCAUUUUUUCAGUAUUCAUUUGUUCUUUUUUUUUUUUUUUUUUGCUGCGGCUUAAGAUUUCACUGAUGAUGUUGUGAUGAACCUGGAAUGUCCAGUCGAACACACAUUUCAGCUAGCCCAAUAUAUUUACCAUAAAAUAACAAGGCAUAUCAAUUCAUUAUUUUGAUAUUAAAUAGCUAAAUAUAUAUAUUUUUUUAGGAAAGUUGUUGACUUUAGUUCUUUUUUUGUACUGUAUGUUGGUUAUAUUUACAAAAUUCUCAAAAAAAAAAAAAAUACUUACUUACUUACAGAAAUCUGAAGAUACACAAAAUAACUGCAAUAAUUUGAAGCGCAACGUUCAGGCAGCUGUCUCCCCUCACAAUGCUCUGGUACAAUGUCUGAAUCCCGGAUGAAAAAAAUCUGGGUACACCCAACAACCUUUUUUUUUUUUUAGCUGCCAUCACUGUCUUUUCCAAUUCAAUCCUGUUUACCGCACCGCUCCACCUGAGGUGCAACACAGUGGAAUAAGUGUCAAAUUAAAAAUGUCCUACUUAGUGAGAAUGACUUUGGCUUUAUGUUGCCGCAUUCAGGUGAAUUUCUAAGGCAAUUAAAGCAUUAUUUCCUACAGUAAAACAGAUUUCUUACAGCCCCUAUUCAGAGUGCUGUGGAGGUGCGUGAAAGGCCCUCAGAAAGCCAGUUAGCCUCACAUGGCUGUGAAUGCCCCACGCUGCAAGCCCACCAGAGCGUAACAGAGUGACUUUAGUUUUGCAGGAGCCCACUUUGACGGGACAACUUGACUCUGCAAGCUGCUCUGCUCCAACAGGUGCCCCCCACCCACUGACAGGAAGGAAGACCUCAGAGCAGAAGGAGGGGGAAACUGCAACAAAGUAAGCUCCUCGUGAGAAUAAAGGAGCAAAUGAUUUGGACAGGUUUAGAUGUUUCUUUGUUUUUGUUGAUGUUUUUUUUUUUCUUCUUGUUUUGUUUUCCUUUGGGUUUUUUUUUUUUUUUUUUUUUUUUUUUUUUUAAAGAAAUGCAGUAGCCUAGAAACCUCUCCUCCUAUUGUUUUUCACCCUGGCAUCUCUGUAGAUUACAGGAAUUCACCCGAGUCUGACUCUGCUACGUAAUUCUGCGUGACAUUUCUAUUAUAUAAUAAACGCGAUAAUAAUAUUAACAGUAAUACAAAUUCACGUCUUCGCUCGGCAGUCUUAUUUAAAUACGCGUCUCCGGUAUUCCCUGAGAGAUUAAAUUACAAUUAACACGAUUAGAACCUCACAGAAAAAAAAAAAAAGAAAGAAAAAAAAAAUGUGACGGGGAAUCAAUUAGGCAGCGAGCUGCGUUUCAUAGCCCGGUAAUGUGCCGGUCGAGAUUGCUUUCAUAAAUAAUGAGCGCUUCAGCGGAGGGAGAGAGAGAGAGAGAAAA